AUGGUCUUCUGCGAGGCGCCCCUGGACGCCGCCGCCUUGGGCAUGGGCACUUCUGCUCCCGCGGCCACGAAGGGCGCCGGGUGCGGCGCCAACAAGAAGCGCGAGGAGGAGGAGGACGUGGUCAGGGUCAGGUCGGCGGCGCCGCCAGUGACGGAGGCAAGGACAAGGGGACCCGAGGAGCCCGUCGACGCGUCGUCGUUCGGUGGCUUGCAGUGCCUCCAGACCAUCGUGUUCCGCAUCGACUGA